AGGUAGAAAACAGCAGGUCAGAUUCUGAUCCGCACGCGUGUCAGUCAAAGAGCAGCAAUCGAGAGGUCGGACCGUUCACGUCGACGCCAGCUACGUGAUCCCCACUGCUUUCCGGUGCUGCACUCCGCUCUCUCUGUUCCCAAGGCAUUCGUUCCGUGCUCUCCGCUUCUCUGAACUCCGCCUACAGCCAGCGUCAUGCACGAGAAGACACAGGUUGACAUCGAGUUCGGCAUGUCGGACACUGCACCGCUGCACAGUGAGCCAGACCUCGAAGAAAUGGGGUCGGGUGCGUCUGCGGCCUUGGCUUACGCCCGUACACUGGAUCUACAGCCUCCGCUCAUCGGUAUCUCGGUGAUAGGAGCGCUGCUGCUGCUGUUCGGUGGCAGCUUCCGCCCCAUCUUUCUGGUCUUCACUAUCUGCGGCUACGGCUCCGUAUUCGCGCUCUACCUGUCACACUGGGUGCUAUCCAAGGACGCAGGCACGACCGAGAUGAAGGAAGUAGCCACGCCCAUCCGUCAGGGAGCCGAGGGCUUUCUCAAAAUCCAGUACACGGCCAUCGCACGCAUCGCUGUGGCCAUUGCAGGCUUAAUCUUCUUCAGCUACGCACUAAGACCCAGCAGCACGUUGAGCUCUGGUGUGGAGAAGCUCGGCAACUUCACGCUCGGUCUGGUAUCCUCUGUAGCUUUCCUCAUUGGUGCUGUAUGCUCCGCCACAGCAGGAUACGUGAGCAUGUGGGUCUCGGCCAGGUCCAAUAUCCGCGUGGCCAGUGCGGCUCGUGGAUCUUAUGGAGACGCGCUACUAGUCUGCUUCAGAGGAGGAGCUUUCUCAGCUGUAUUGGACAUCACGCUCUGUGUCGGCGGAGUCAGUACACUGUAUGUGAUGCUGUACAUGCUGUUCGGGUCGGUGCUUCGUCCGACGGAGAUCCCGUUGCUGAUGGUCGGCUAUGGAUUCGGAGCGUCCUUUGUGGCGCUAUUCAUGCAGCUUGGUGGCGGUAUUUACACUAAGGCAGCUGAUGUGGGAGCUGAUCUGGUGGGCAAAGUGGAAGUGGGGAUUCCAGAGGACGAUCCACGUAACCCGGCGGUCAUUGCUGACUUGGUGGGAGAUAUGGUCGGCGACUGUGUUGGCAGCAGUGCUGAUGUGUUCGAGUCUGUUGCUGCAGAGAUCAUUGGAGCGAUGAUUCUAGGUGGAACUCUGGCGCGUGAGGCUCAACUGCCAUAUCCUGUGGCUUUUGUAUUCUUCCCGGUGGUCGUACACGCCUUCGACAUUGCUGUGAGCAGCGCUGGGAUCUUCAUGGUGCGAGCUCCCUCUGAUGUUGAAGCUUCCCGUCCCGAUCACAACCCAAUGGCUACUCUACAGACCGGCUACAAUGUCUCACUUUCAUUGGCGCUGGUUGGCUUUGCUUUUACCACACGUUGGCUGCUUUACACACCGGAAUACCCCUCGGCAUGGAUGAACUUCUUCCUCUGCGGUGUUGUCGGCAUGCUCACAGCUUACGUGUUUGUCAAGUCGACACAAUACUACACGGACUACGCUCACCCGCCUGUGCGUAGCAUUGCGAAGGCCAGCACGACAGGCCAUGGCACCAAUAUCAUUACUGGUGUGGCUGUAGGCAUGAAGUCUACUGUUGUGCCGACUCUUAUGGUGAGUUUCGCUGUGAUAUCCGCUUACCACUUGGGUGCCAGCUCAGGUAUUGGAGGAGUGGGGAACCGCCACGCUGGACUCUUUGGAACGGCUGUAGCAACUAUGGGAAUGCUGUCUUCGGCGGUGUUUGUGCUGGCGAUGAACAACUACGGCCCCAUCGCUGAUAACGCUGGAGGUAUCGCCGAGAUGAGUCGUCAGCCGGACUACGUGCGUGAUGCUACGGACAAGCUGGAUGCUGCUGGCAAUGUGACAAAGGCUAUUACUAAGGGAUAUUCGAUCGGCUCGGCUGCUCUUGCUUGCUUCGUGCUGUUCGGCGCUUUCAUGGACGAGUUCUCAGAGUUCGCUGGUCGCGAGUUUAAGACGGUGGAUAUUGCUACGGUGGAGGUCCUGGUUGGCGGUCUGCUGGGUACUAUGAUGGUCUUCUUCUUUACUGGACUUGCUGUUGCUGCUGUGGGCGAGACCGCUGGUGAGGUUGUCAAUGAAGUGCGCCACCAGUUUGAGAUUUACCCGGGAAUUAUGGAGUACAAGGCGAAGCCCGACUACCGCACUUGCGUCGCGCUUGUCACCGAGGCUGCAUUGAAGCAGAUGCGUUUCCCAGGGUUGCUUGCUGUGCUGAUGCCAGUCUCUGUCGGUAUUAUCUUCCGUGUGAUUGGUGAGUACCAAGGGAAGCCACUGUUGGGAGCUGAGGCUUUAGCUGGCUACCUCAUGUUCGGUACGGUGACCGGCAUCAUGAUGGCUCUGUUCCUCGACAACGUGGGCGGCGCGUGGGAUAACGCCAAGAAAUACGUCGAGUUGGGCAACUUCGGAGGCAAAGGCAGCGAGGCGCACAAGGCUGCUGUCACUGGCGACACAGUGGGUGAUCCGUUCAAGGAUACGGCUGGGCCUGCGCUGCACGUGGUGAUCAAGUUGUUGUCCACGACGGUGCUGGUGUUCGGCCCCCUAUUCGUGUCGCGUGAAUAAGGGACACUAUACAGUUUUGUGGUGCCGAGCUGGGGACGUAAUGACCGUAACCUCGAUGAAAAAAAAAGGAAAUACUGGGUAGCAAUGUGCUUAGCUCUCGUGUCCUACAUGUAAACAACGAUUUCUAGUCCAUUCGACUAGUAUGUUCUCUUGUUAUCAGGCUCUCGAU